AGAAGAAACCACGAAGAAAUGACGUCGAAGCGAGAACUCGUUUUGAGACAAAGUGUUAUAUGAAUUCUCGUUUAACUUUGACCUCCCCAAUUUCUUUAGACUGCAACUAGAAUUUUCUUGUCAAUCGCUCGCUGGGGUAUUAAGAGCAUCUUGUAGCUCUACUUAUUCAUCAGUAACAAAUCGGUGGCCCAACAAGUCAGUUCUCUUCUCUUAUUGGAAAUUUUAUAUACAUCUAAGUUUGAAAACAUGGGACAGAAGGAUCUCACUUGGGAUGAGCUCAUUGCUCGAUUGGUGGAAAUCUUCGAGCAAGAAACGGUGAACAUCGAGGAAGUGGAAGAAGUCAUGGCCUUGUACACAUCCAAAAGACAGGACUGGAAGAAAUUCGCCAAGCACGACAAAUACAAGUACACACGGAAUCUGGUCCAUGAAGGCAAUGGAAAGUUCAACUUGAUGCUCCUCUGCUGGGCUGAGGGUAACCAAAGUGCCAUCCACGACCACGCCAAUGCUCAUUGCUUCGUCAAAAUCCUCGAAGGAACCCUUAGAGAAACGCGUUAUCACUGGCCCGACGAAUGUCAAAGCGGGGAUGGCAGCAUGAUGGAAAAGUCCCAUUCAGACGCAAAGGUCAAUGACGUGACCUACAUGAGUGAUCAGUUGGGUCUUCAUCGAAUGGAGAAUCCCAGUCACAGCAGCACCGCAGUCUCACUUCAUCUGUAUUCGCCGCCUUUUCAGAGUUGUCAAAUCUUUGACGAGAGAACGGGUGGAAAGAUGAGGUGUCCAAUGACUUUCUGGAGCAAGUACGGAGAGAAAGUCAACAAUCGACCUAACAAACAGAGCUCGAAAUGUUAAAUGUAAUAAAAAGCCGGGUUUGUUUUAUUCUGCCGUCCUAUUGAUCAGAAUUGAAGGUAACUCUUGUGGCGGGCCGGAAGAUGCAAUAUUUUCAAACGUUUCGUGUACCUUUAUUUGAAAGUUUUCAAUGGAGUAGAUUUCAUUUUCGAUUAUUGAUCCGCAUUGAAAUCGAGUUGUACUUGUGAUUAAUGAUUCAAGAGUAUAAAUGCGAGACGAGUUUGGCAAAUGCUCGUUCAGGGACUGUGAAAAGCUGAUCAUACGAUCAAAUCACGUGGUGGAAGUUUUGAAAUAAAAAAAGGCGGAAAUUGAAUGAAUGAAAAAUGCGGAAUCAGAGAAAUAAAACAAGGUACAUUUGAAA